AUGGGCCUUAAUACACAAAUUCAUGUCCAAGAAGCUAAAGCCUUUCUGUCUAAUUAUGUGCACACCCUGGGAGACAUGAUGCCAGACAGCAAUGAGUUAUUUUACUUUUCACAGGAAAACAGGUUUACAAAGUGUACAAAGUGUGUUAAGUUUAAAGACGAGCUGCAAAAAUCUGCAGAUAAAAAGGAGCGACAGAACACGCUUCAAAAACGCGAUAAACAUUUAAAGAAACAAAAAUGUGAGAGAGAGAAGUACUACAAACAUGGUAACAAAGCCAGGAAUAAUCCCAGAAAGUAUAUGUCAAUUAUUUUGGACGGAAUGGACCAAAAUAAAACUAGUAUUCCUCAUUUCCCUGUGUUACCAAAGGCGCUGGCAUCUCUACAUCAGCUGAGGACUCAUAUCGUAGGAGUAAUUGUACAUGGGAAAGGAACUGAAACUUAUGUAGCUGAAGGACAGCGAUGGCCCCAAGACACCAACCUAACACUUACUGUGCUGCUCAAAGCAAUCGUUAAACACAAGACCACACAGGAUGUACUCUACCUGCAAAUGGACAACUGUUGCAGAGAGAACAAGAAUAAGUGGACCUUUGAUUUUCAUUUGCUUAUUUGUGUGCAUGUUUAUUUCCAGAUUAAAGUUGGAUUUUUAAUGGUGGGACACACUCAUGAGGAUAUCGACCAGUUCUUCUCCUGCAUUGCAAGAAUCCUAAACAAGUUCAAAGUCCUCACGCUAUCACAACUGCUCCAGAAAAUCAAGCAAGUUAAUAGAAAAGACCCCGUUGACGCAGAAAUGCUUGACCAUCCUUACAAUGUACGAGACUGGAUAGAUGGGUUCAUUCCUGACCUUCACGGGCACCUAAAGUCAUACCAAUUUAAAUUUGAAGUUGAAGGGGAAGGAGUGCGAUUUUCGUACAAGAAGAGAUCCACAUCGACAGUUGAUCGGUUGAUCAAUCAAGAUUCCCCAUCUUUGAAGAUCUUCCAACUGGUCAACUGCGAAUGGUCGCAUCGUCGUUUGAGGAAAUGAAAGUUCCUCUGUUUAGCAGACACCUGAGGGAUAUUUAUUCUAAUUGGAUGCCAGAUGACUGUAUUGGGGAGUGGGAAGAGUGGAUUAAGAAAACUCAAGAGGAAAUCAACAGUCAGAAUACAACAGGUAACCAAGAUGCAUACCAUAAAGAUGGAAAUAGCAAGGAUAAAAACAGAACCUCUCGUAAGUGACCACUUGACAGAUAAUUUAGGAGACACUUGGAUAAUAAGGUGUUGCAACAUUAUCGUACCCCUGGCAGG